AUGUCUUUAGAUCUGGAAAAACAUUUGACCUUUUAUGGCGCAUAUCACCAUAAUGCCAUCAACAUCGGCAUUCACAUGGCAUGCGUGCCCAUCAUCCUUUUUUCCGGAUUUUGCCUUGCCACCAACACAGGAACUCUCAUCCCGCUCCCUAGCUGGCUCACCGUCCCUAACUUGGAUCUCAACUUGGGGACACUGGCAGCCCUGACUUGGGGUGGUCUGUAUGUUCUCCUCGAACCUGUAGCCGGCACGUUGCUAGCCAUCAUUUGCUUGGCCGCCACUGCCGCUGGCAACUCCCUCAGGGUUGAGAACCCUACCUUGACGAAUCAAGCCGCCGUCGGCAUCCACAUCGCCUGCUGGAUCUUCCAGUUCAUUGGUCAUGGCGCAUUCGAGGGACGCGCGCCGGCGCUGUUGGACAACCUGGUCCAGGCUGUCUUCCUAGCUCCUCUCUUUGUUUGGCUUGAAUUCCUUUUCAAGCUUGGAUACCGCCAGGAACUCAAGGGCCGUGUUGACAAAGCUGUCGAGAAGGAGAUUGCCAAAUUCAGAGCCUCCAAGGCGAACGAGGACGCCAAGAAUGGCAAGGCCCAAUAA